AUGGUGAAAGACACGAAGUACUACGAUCUCCUUGGCGUCGAAGUUACCGCCACCGACGUCGAGCUCAAAAAGGCCUACCGUAAGCAGGCGAUCCGGUUGCACCCGGACAAGAACCCCAACGACCCCCAUGCGCUGGAAAAGUUCCAGGAAUUGGGCGAGGCCUACAACGUGUUGAAGGACCCGCAACAGCGUAAGUUGUACGACGAAUUGGGUGAGGAUGGCAUGAAGGAGACCGCCCAGGCGGGGCAGGCCGACAUUGACCCGGCGGAGAUGUUCACCGCCAUCUUCGGCGGCGACCUGUUCAAGUCGUGGAUCGGCGAGUUGCUGAUGUUUAAGGACAUGAGCAAGACCGCCGACAUCAUGGAGGAGCUGGAAGAGCCGGGACAGGCGGCCGACGGCGCCGACGGCACCCACGUCCAGGUGCACGGCCACGACAACAAGGUGGGGCUGAAGAUCGGCCACAGCGGCACUCUUACCAGCGAGGAAAUCAACAAGAAGAAGAAGCAGAAGAUUUCUAAGGAGCAGCGGGAGAAGAUGUACGCGUUGCACGAAGAGAUGCGCAAGGAGAAGCAGAAACGGGUGGAGACGCUCGCCGCCGAGCUCGACCAGCGCCUUACAAAGUACUUGGACGCACAGAAGGCGGGCGGUCCCGCCGUCACCGAAUACGUCCAGAAGUUAGACCUCGAAUUACAGGAGAUGAAGGAGGAGUCGUUCGGGCUCCAGUUCCUCCACUUGAUCGGGUACGUCUACACCAACAAGGCCCACGACAACAUCCACUCGAUGAAGACGUUUGGGGUGCUGAAGCUCUACUCGUCGGUUAAGACCAAGACCAACACCGUCAAGAACGGGCUCUCGAUCCUCAAGACGGCGUUGAACGCCCAGGCGGCCCUCGAAGAGAUGGUGAAGGAGCAAGAACAGAUCGAGUUGGCGCAACAACAAGGCAUAGAGUUGUCGGACGAAGUGCGCUACCACCAGAUGGAGAUGGAACGCAACAUCAUGGGCAAGUUCUUGGCGACGGCUUGGGCGCUGUCGAAGUUCGAGGUCACCGACGUUCUCAACAAGGUGUGUGACGUCGUCCUCCAAAACAAACACUUGUCGCGGAAAGAGCGGUUGGCCAAGGCCAACGCCUUGUUGUGGUUGGGUAAGCACUUGAGUAAAGUGCAACGGACGCCCGAAGAAGAAGAGGAGGCGCGGAUCUUCGAGGAGAUGGUCGCCGACGCCACCGCGAAGAAGCAAAAGCGGCUGAAGAAGUUCUCCGCCGCCGACUUGUCCCAAUUUGUCGACGAAGAAGCCAAGGCCGAGGGGGUUUAA